CUGAAGCGGGCAGGGGUGGAAGGUGGAGCUUGUGCUCAGGGGCUCUUUGAAGGUUGGGAGCGCGAGAGCCGAGCCUUGUGCCUGAGGGAAAAGAGUGGGCGGGUGUAGAUAUGGCUGGAUCCAGGCACCAGACUGGAAAGGGCUAGUGGGCGGGAGCGAGCGAGGAGGAUGUUCUGAGGGGAAGCGCGGGAGAGGCGCUUGUUUGGAAGAGGAGGGGGAUAAUAAUGGCAGGUCUUUAGGAGAAGGCUGGUCGCUCGCUUCCCCCCCCCCGCCCCCCUCCAAUCUUCCUCAGGGACUGCUGCGUGAGAGCGGGGGAGACGGGCACCGAGGAACACACACGCGCAGCCCGGCUCCUCCCGCUCGCCCAGGGAGGGAGGCAGCAGCAGCAGCAGGAGUUCCUCCAGGAAGCGACAAGAGGGGCGGGUGCGCUUGCUUGCGUGCCUGGAGAUUCCUGGUCAGAGUCGGUCUCCUCCACCUCAGAGCCUGGCUCCUUCCUUGAGGCGGCGGGGCGGGGCGGCCUCCCACGUCAGCCCCCUUUUGGGGAGGGAAGGGAGAGAAGAAGCAGAAGAAGCUUAGAGACCGAGCUGCUUCGGUGCCGCGUUGUGUGAGAGUCCCCGCGCUGCGGCAGCGGCUCCUCACGGGAACAAAGAGGCGCGAAAGAAGUGAGGGCUGAGCGCGGGGGAGAGACGGGGCUCUCCCUUUCUCCUGCGAAGAUGAGAGAAGAGGGAAGAGGCAUGGAUAUAACAUGAAUCCCAUAGUGUGUUCAGAAAAAAUAUGACUCUUAUAAAAGCUUCUUUCUUGAUGGACUAGACAAAAGAUGGAUGAGUCAGCCUUGUUGGAUCUGUUGGAGUGUCCAGUCUGCUUAGAACGCCUUGAUGCUUCUGCAAAAGUCUUGCCUUGUCAACAUACAUUUUGUAAAAGGUGUCUGCUGGGCAUUGUAAGUUCCCGAAAUGAGCUUCGAUGUCCAGAAUGCAGGACGUUAGUAGACUGCAAUGUUGAUGAACUUCCCAGUAAUAUCUUACUGGUUCGACUACUUGAUGGCAUCAAGCAGAGACCCCGGAAACCUGGUGGUGUGACGAGCUGCACAAAUUCAUUAAGGGCCCAGAAUAGCACAAUUGCUAACUGUAUUCCAAAAGACCUGCAAAGUUCUCAAAGUGGCCAGCAGCAGAGAGUACAAGCACGGAGUCCUCCUGUUAGGGGUGUACCUCAGUUACCCUGUGCCAAAGCAUUAUAUAACUAUGAGGGGAAAGAGCCUGGAGAUCUUAAAUUCAGCAAAGGUGACAUCAUCAUUCUACGUCGCCAAGUUGAUGAAAAUUGGUAUCAUGGAGAAGUUAAUGGCGUCCAUGGAUUUUUUCCUACCAAUUUUGUCCAGAUAAUUAAACCUUUACCUCAACCUCCACCUCAGUGCAAAGCACUUUAUGACUUUGAAGUUAAAGACAAGGAAGCAGAUAAGGAUUGUUUGCCCUUCUCAAAGGAUGACAUUCUGACUGUGAUUCGUCGAGUGGACGAAAACUGGGCUGAAGGAAUGUUGGCUGACAAGAUAGGAAUAUUCCCUAUUUCAUAUGUUGAGUUUAACACAACAGCAAAGCAGCUGAUAGAACUGGACAAACCCUCAGGUUCUACAGGAGAUUCUGGAGAAGGCACAUCUGGUGCAUCCCAUAGCAAUUCAGUUCAAAAGCACACUGAUACAAAGAAGAACACCAAAAAAAGGCACUCCUUUACCUCCCUUACCAUGUCCAACAAGGCCUCACAGUCUUCUCAGAAUCGUCACUCAAUGGAAAUCAGCCCUCCUGUCCUCAUCAGCUCUAGUAACCCCACCGCUGCAGCACGUAUAAGUGAACUUACAGGCCUUUCCUGCAGUGCACCUUCUCAGGUUCAUAUCAGUACCACAGGGUUAAUUGUGACCCCACCACCCAGUAGUCCAGUAACAACAGGGCCUUCAUUUACUUUCCCACCAGAAGUCACCUACCAAACUGCUCCUGGUAGUGUGAAUCCUCCUCUCCCACCACCACCACCUCUGUUAUCUGCCACAAUAAUUGCCCCAACAUCUGCUGGACUGCCUUCAGGAGUAGCACAAAAAUCUGCAUUGGGAUCAACUGAACAAAUAGCGCAUUUGCGUUCACAGCCAAGACCAAGUGUGUAUGUUGCUAUUUAUCCAUACACUCCUAGAAAAGAAGAUGAACUGGAAUUGAGAAAAGGCGAGAUGUUCUUGGUGUUUGAACGAUGUCAGGAUGGCUGGUUUAAAGGCACCUCCAUGCAUACAAGCAAAAUUGGUGUUUUCCCUGGCAAUUAUGUGGCACCAGUCACAAGGGCAGUGACAAGUGCCUCCCAAGCAAAAGUCCCUGUAUCUACUACUGGACAGACAGGGCGGGUGGUGACGAUGGUCAACUCUUCCACUACCGGAGGAACCUUGCAGAAACUUCAGGGAAAUGGUGUGGCAAUGAACACCAGUGUGGUACCAACAGCUGUGGUCUCUGCAGCACACAUACAAACUAGUCCACAGACCAAGGUUCUUAUGCACAUGACUGGCCAAAUGACAGUCAACCAGGCUCGGAAUGCGGUUAGAACAGUUGCAAUACACAGCCAAGAAAGACCUACAGCCACCGUGACACCAAUUCAGGCUCAAAGUUCAGCAUGCCUUAUUCCUGCUGCUGUAAUUAUUCCACACCAUUCUGUUGCCUCCCAACAGCUUCAACCUCAGCUUUCAAAUGCUGCUGCUUACAUCACAGCUGUAAACAUCAAUCGGACAAAUGUCCCAUUGGCUUGUGCCGCAACAUCAUUAAACUGUCCUGUUGCUUCUCCAUCUCUGGAUGGUGAUGUAACUGGGAGAAUUGUGACUGUUCAUCCUGGAGCACCAGCAUCUCCGGAGAAUACAUUAGCAGCUGGUGGGACUACUGUUGGUAAACCAGACAGAGAUAGUAAGAAAGAAAAAAAAGGGCUGCUGAAGUUGCUUUCAGGAGCAUCUACCAAGCGCAAACCUAGAGUAUCACCACCAUCAUCUCCAACUUUGGAAGUUGAGCAAGCAGCUGCAGAGUUGGCCUUGCAGGGCGCUGUAGGACCAGAAGUUCCAUCAGCAUCCAGUCAUGGAAGAGUGGAGUCCUGUCCCAUGGACAAUGAAACAUCUACAGCAGUACUAGUGCAGGAGACUACUCAUCGGAAAGCAAGUUCUUUGGAUUCCAGUAUUCCUAUUGCUCCUCCUCCACGACAGCCCUGCUCUUCAUUGGCCCCAAUCCUGAAUGAAUCCAGGCCUGUGGUCUGUGAACGAUACAGGGUUGUGGUAUCCUAUCCUCCUCAGAGUGAAGCUGAGCUUGAACUUAAAGAAGGAGAUGUUGUUUUCGUACAUAAAAAGCGUGAAGAUGGUUGGUUCAAAGGCACACUGCAACGAAAUGGAAAAACUGGCCUUUUCCCUGGCAGCUUUGUAGAAAGUAUCUGAAAAGACUCAUUUCAAAUGUUUCAAAUCGCACAGCACUAUAAAAAUAGCACAAAUAUUUUACAAAAGAGUGCAGCCAUUAAAGACGUUUUAGAUGACUGUAAUAUAAACAAAUUUAUAUUUAUGUUUUCCAGUGUCCCACAGCACAAUCCCACCAGCAAAGAAAGAUUAUGAGACAUUGCUGGGUUGUUGUUUUUUAUCAUUUUGAAUUUUUAAGUGUAAUGUGUGCCUUGUAAUGUCUGAUUUAUUCUACAGAGGAAGUUCCCCCCCCACAAAUAUAUAACACAAAAGAGCAAUUGUUUACAAGGCUGUAACUAAUUUAUUCUUUGUUUUCUAAACUUGAAUUCUGUUUAAUAGCUAAAAUCUUGGUGAUUAUGAUUAACAAAUAAUUUAUGAAAUGAGGUAAGGAGAAGCUGGAUUUUCUCCUUUAUACAAAGGCAUAGUGUCCGACAGAUCACUUUCUCCCACUCUGUGUGACAGUGAAGUGAGUGUUUUAUGGAUUAAUGUUGGCUGUAAUGAUGGUGAUGUGGUGUCAAAUCGAAACUGCAAACUGAGAUAAAAUGGGAUUGUGGACAUUUUCUUAUUUUGGGUGAGAAGUCAAUGGCAAUUCUACAUUCCCCAGGCAGUGUAACAUUUCUGAAAGGCAAAACAUAGAUAUAAUUGUGCAACUGAAUUAAACUUUAAUAUUCUCAAAAGUGGUAGUGAAAAAUGGAGAUGAUGCCAGAAAUGGGAGUGGGGGUGGGUGCGGGACAUGUUUCUCUAGCUUCUGUUUGUUCAAGAAUUUUGGACAUCUGUCAAGAUUUAGCUUUGCAUAUUUGGCUAGUUCUUUGGGCACUUGGCACUCACAGAAUGUAAAUGAAAUAAAAAGAUGUUAAUCACAAAACACUCAGAAAUGGGAAAUAGUAUUCGUAAUUAGCUACAAAUGGUGGAUUCAAAAUUUAAAUUCAAGUUGCACUCACUGUCUAAAUAUGCCAAGAAAUGUUGUUUGCUUCUUUACCUUAUCAAAGUGAUCUGCAUGGCUGAGAGACAAUUUUACAAAUGUUUGAGCAAUAGUGGUGGUAAGUGAUACACUUGUGUGUUUUUUAAAGUAAAGGCUGUAAGAACACUGUGAAAAUUUUGCUAAUUUUGUAACUCUUGCUACUUUCAUAUGUCUUAAUUUCUCAUUGUCUUGCAUUGCAUGUAUUACCAAAUUCUCACGGGCAUACAAAACAGUGCAUGAUUUGUAAACUGCAUUCCAGUGUCCUGUUGUGGGUUAAUUUUAAAAGGUGCCCCCUUGGGAAUGUUAAAUGAACCAGUUAACUGCUAGCACAAAAGCCACUGACCAAGACUAGUGAGUGAUUAGGUUCUAAUUAAGUACUCUGAGUCUUAAACAUCUUUCCAGCCAUGGACACUUUUCAUCAUAUGGAAUGCCUUCUAUCAAGCAUUCUUCAGCAGAAGGGAAUGAGAAAAGUGCAGCAGUGGCAAGAUUCAGCCGUGUGUCUUUUCUGGCCUGGAUAUGUAUGGAGAUAAUACUCUCAAAUCCCAAGAUAGGGGAGAGAACUGUGUUCCUACUUGAUUUGGCACUCUCAUUACAUAUCUCUUUUCAGAUAAAAUAUAAAGCUCUCACUGGAACGUUGACGGUCCAUCUGCUUUGGGUUGGAUAGUGGUCUAAACUUCUACAUCCCCAGGGAUGGAGUUGAGGGUGAUUAUUUUUUCAGCACAUCCCCCCAAUUUUCCAUGUUGUUUGCUAACUGUGAAAGGCCAGAAGGGCGUGUUGGAAAGAUUCUCCCCACCGACCCCAUGAUACCUCUCUGUCUCUGAUCUUUCUAAGAAAUAUGGAGGAGAAUGAUUGACAGCUGAGGGCUGGAUGCCACCCCUUGGGACUGAACGGUGCCGGAAACUGCUAGUUGCUGAUCCCAAAAUUAACCCUGCAAGGAAAAUAUAGCUUGUUCAGGGUUUGUAAGUAUCUUUUCAGGUUUUCUAAAUUCCAGCACAGAGUGAUCCAGAGUGAUUCAGACAUAAUGGCAAUAAGUGUGUACAGAAGAACUGCCAGUUCCUGAUGGCCAUGUGCUCUUGCUGCUACUUCCAUGUCAUCUGAAGCCAGAAAUGUCAGGUACAGAAUGUCUGGUACCCAACAUUUGCCCAACAUCUCUAACCAACAUUUCAAGUUGGGCGGAGAAUGUUGGGCAGCAGUGGAUACCCAACAUUUCCCACCUGACACUUCUGGCUUCAGAUAACACUGAAGCAGCAGCAAUAGCGGCAACAUGCAUCUACUCGGAACUGCAGUUCUUCCAUACUUACUUGCCACUGCUCCACUGAACCCUCCCAUAGUAUACAUGAAAUAUAGCCUUAUAUGGUUGCUUGACUAUAAUAGGCUCAGUUCAGCUUGCUCCUAAAUGAGAUUUAGAUAGGGGUUAUCACCUUUUAGUCUGGUAGGGCUCCUGUAUCUUAAAAUGUUAUGUGACAGGCAUUAAUUCAAUUGAUUCAGAUUUUCCUGGCAUAGAUAUGCUGUCAUGGGAAAAGCUUAAUCUGUUAAUUCUCUGCAUAUCAUGCAGCUGUUAAAGACAAAAAAACUUUGUUAUGAAAAAAAAAAGGGAUGACCUUAAACUCAGCACAUUCUUCCCUCUUAUCAGAAUCAAUGGGCUAAAAUAGCUUAUAUUCCUUUCCAGGAUGGAACUUACAACAUCAUAUGAAUAAAUAGAGAUACUAUACAAUAUAAAGGAGAAAAAUGUAGACUAGCUGACUAAUGAUGUUCUGAUGUAAAACACAACUGAUUUUUUUAACUUUCAGAUGGAGAAGAAAUAAUUAUUAGUUGAAAGGACUUUCUUGCAAUAUCACGUAGUUUCAUUAUGUUCCUAAUAAAUUAUCUAGUUAAAACUUAAAUCAUUCCUAAAUUAACAUGUGUAUGACACUGUACAACUUCAAUUUUUGUGGAAUUUUAAAAGAUUAGAUUACUUGAAUAUUCAUGUGAACUAUCUGAGAAGAAUUUUAGUUAGGAGAAUGCCGGCAUCAGCUUUUAUCAGCAUAACACGACACUAAUGUAUCAACCUUAUUUUCACAAAUUAGUGUUUUUAUAUAUUUAAAAAGACUACUGCAGAGAAUUGUUUUCUCUUCUCCAUAAGGUACAUUGGUACCUUUAUUCAUAGGGUUUUAUCAUGUAAAGUCUAUCAAAGUAUAAAUUAAUACAAUAGUGUUGUUAGAUAUAAUACAUUUUCUAAUGACUUUUUAAGAAAAGGAAUCACUUUUUUGUCCCAAGGGCUUGUUACACAGCAGUACAACAAUAAGAAAAAUUGCAGUUUUUCAUGCAUUGUGGUCUUUAUAAAGUUGCGGGAGUUGGGUUGGGGAUUUUUGGCUUGUGUGUAAUCAGUGUAAGAACAAAAGAAACCCUUUGCAUUUGUUUUGUGUACUUCCUAAAAUAAUCUGUGGAAAUUUUUAAUGUCGAUAUUUGAGGUCCAGUGAAUGUUACGUGUUGAUUUACUCUGUUAAAUUUCCAUUCCUAAUAAAUAUUUUCUUAGCAAA